AUAUGGACAGCCACAAACGGAAGGACACCAUCGACUGGACGGAAUACUUCAUGGCGAUGGCUUUCUUGGCUGCUAAACGGAGCAAAGAUCCAUCCACCCAGGUCGGUGCGUGUAUCGUGAACGAGGACAAGCGUGUGGUGGGCAUCGGCUAUAACGGAUUUCCCACCGGUUGCAGUGAUGAUGAGUUCCCGUGGUCUAAAUCCUCCGACAACCCGCUCGAAACGAAGUACCUUUACGUGUGCCAUGCGGAGGUGAAUGCCAUACUGAACAAAAACAGUACGGAUGUGAAGAAUUGCACGAUGUACGUCGCACUGUUCCCGUGCAACGAGUGUGCAAAGAUUAUUAUUCAGUCGGCAAUACGGGAGGUGGUGUAUAUGAGUGAUAAGCACGCGCACAAGGAGCAUACGAUCGCGGCCAAGCGAAUGUUUGAUGCUGCUGGUGUACGGUACACACAGUACAAACCACGCCACAGUCAGAUUGUGAUCGAUUUUACGGAAAUUGAUUGGGACAGUUUGAAUCAGGUACCGGCAACACCGAAAAAGAAUGGAACGAUAUAG